AUGAAGACAUAUUUUCUUUUCACUAGUUAUGGAUAUCUAGCGAAUCUCUUUUCUUAUUCAGAUUUAUUUAAGUUCGAUACUUUCUUCAAGACGAAUUUACAUCAAGAGAAUGAAAAUCUUGUCUUAAAACCGCUUUUGCCAUCGAAUCCAACUAAUAAAGAAUCUUCUAAUCAUCUGUCGCGAAGCGAUGAACAACGAAAUAUUUGCUCUGCUUUCGUUUCGAGACUAAGAAACUUCCGUUGUAAAAUGGCUACCCAAGCAUCUCCACAAUACUGUUAUAAUUCCGUCAAAUGGAUUCCUGUUCUAUUCAUUCUUGCAAUUGUUGCUUGGUCUUACUACGCUUACGUUGUUCAAAUGUGUAUUUUUACAGUCGACAGUAUUCCACAAAAAGUGAUCUACUUGUGCAUUUAUCAUCUAUUAUUGGUUUUGUUUCUUUGGUCUUAUUAUUGUACAAUGUUCAGACCGGCUGCUCGCCCGACAAGCGAAUUUUAUUUGAGCAAAACUGAAGGUGAACAGAUCGCCGCGACACAAACAAGUGAAGAACGACGUGCGGCACUUCUUCGUUUUGCUCGUCAAUCGAAUUUACCUUUGUUAACACGACAUUUCGAUGGAAGUAUUCGUUAUUGUUUUGUUUGUCAAUGCAUCAAACCCGAUCGUGCUCAUCAUUGCUCUACAUGUGAAAAAUGUGUUCUUCGAUACGAUCAUCAUUGUCCAUGGACGAAUAGUUGUGUUUCAUAUGGAAAUUAUAAAAGCUUUAUUUUAUUUCUGGGUUGGGCUUUACUUUUCUGUACCUAUGUGUCAGUAACUUCACUAGAAUAUUUUAUUCAAUUUUGGCAGAGUACAAUUAAUGCUCAAAAGACGGGUGAUUCAUCGGCGAUAACUGCUAGACAAUUUCAUCUACUUUUUCUUUUCUUUGUGGCUGUUAUGUUUGGAAUAAGUGUUUCAUCGUUAUUCUUUUAUCAUUUGUUUCUAACGGGGAAAAAUCGAACGACUUUAGAAUCAUAUCGUGCACCGAUCUUCGAAAGUGGUCCAGAAAAAGAUGGAUUUGAUUUAGGAUGGAAAAGAAACUAUCAAGAAAUCUUUGGAAUAAAUCUUCUCAAAGCAUUUAUUCCAAUUCCAACAACACGAGGUGAUGGAAUUCAUUAUCAAAUCAAUAGUUCGUUAUUAUCUGAUGCAUCCCAAACUGCCUUCAAUUCAAUUCCAACAUUUAAUCGAAGUAACAAUCAAUUUAAUUCAGUGAACAAUGACCAUAAUUAUUUAUUAAUUGAUAAUUUGACUACGCAAGAAAAAUAA